AGGGAGGGAGGGACUGACCGCUGAGGCCUGGGCUGCUGCUCCCUCCAGCUCUGCAGGCACAGGGUCUCAGGUUGCAAUGAGCGGUCCCUGAGAGUGCUGCCUGGGGGCCCAAGGCAUCCCUGGGUUAGAGGAGAUUUCAGUGCCUUCGGAAAGGAGGGCGAUACCCUGAGAGGGCCGGGAGAACAAGCUGGGUUCUGCCAGCGCUGGCCCUGCCUGCCGGAACUCCUCAGCAGGACCCAGGAGCGGGAGGGAAGGAAGCCAUGUCGGGAGAUCGUGGGAAAGGCGGGGGUGCUGGCCAUCUCCGGGGCCGGCUGGGCCCCUGGAUGGAUCUACACCCCCAUGGAGGAGACAUCCUGCUGAGAGGGAGAAACCCAUGGAGAUGGGAGGACCGAAUUCCUAGGGGGCCAAGUCGCCCGAUGGCAGCCGUGUUUCCACGCUCAGGCAGGUGCCAGCCCCAGGUGAAGGAUGCCACUCUGGGUGUUCUUCUUUGUGAUCCUCACCCUCAGCAGCAGCUCCCACUGCUCCCCACCUCCCCCUUUGACUCUCAGGAUGCGGCGGUAUGCAGAUGCCAUCUUCACCAACAGCUACCGGAAGGUGCUGGGCCAGCUGUCCGCCCGCAAGCUGCUCCAAGACAUCAUGAGCAGGCAGCAGGGAGAGAGAAACCAAGAGCGAGGAGCAAGGGCACGGCUUGGCCGUCAGGUGGACAGCGUGUGGGCAGAACAAAAGCAAAUGGAAUUGGAGAGCAUCCUGGUGGCCCUGCUGCAGAAGCACAGCAGGAACUCCCAGGGAUGAAGAUUCCUCCUGUGACCUGGGCUACCUGUAGCCAAAACGCAACUGGAUCCAGUUAAUCCUCUUUCAUUUCUGACCCACUUUUUCCUUUGUAAAUACAAUAAAAUCCCCCAUAUCGGUGUGCAUUUAAAUGUU